UUAAGAACUAAAAUUGGAAGAAAUUCAGAAAUUAGUGAACCGGGAAAUAGAGGUGAAAAGAGAAGGAGAGAAAGGGUAUUUUGGUCAAAGAAAAAAAGGGGAAAACAAAAUAAGCUAUAUUGGCGUUGUUGUUUUGUAUCGAAGUUUGAGGGAGGGAAAAACGAAACCGAAAACAGAGAGAAAUUCCUUUUUUUGGAUUAUCCACCAUUGCUACGUUACAUUACAAAAAAAAAAAACCUCCCCAAAUGAGCAGUUUCUCCUUCAAAUCCUUAUCCUGGAGGAAAUCCAAAUCCUCCAAAUCGGAUUCUGCUCAUUCCUUUUCGUCGGAGGAACAACGGUUUCGGACGGAAAAUAUGGGAACUCUGAGAGUGCCGGAGACCGUUCCUUCUCCAGCCGAGGACUGUGAUAGGCUCAAGAAAGCUUUUGAUGGAUGGGGAACGGAUGAGAAGGCAUUGAUAAGGAUAUUAGGACAAAGAAAUGCAGCUCAAAGGAAGGCAAUUAGAGAGACUUAUCUCGAGCUAUACAACGAGUCGCUGAUUGAUCGCAUCCACGCUGAACUCUCCGGUGAUUUUAGAAAAGCCGCAAUUUUGUGGGCAUAUGAUCCUGCAGAGAGGGAUGCAAGAUUGGCAAAUGAAGCUUUGAGGUCAUAUAAGAAAGGGGUCCGUGAGCUUCAAGUAUUAGUGGAGAUAGCCUGUGCCACAUCUCCUCACCAUCUGAUGGCUGUAAGACAGGCCUACUGUUCUCUCUUUGAUUGCUCACUUGAAGAAGACAUUUUCUCCACCAUCCCGAUGCCUCUUAGAAAGCUUUUAGUUGGUGUGGUGAGUUCCUUCAGGCAUGAUAAAGUGGUGGUGGACAGUAUCGUUGCUGAUUCAGAAGCUGAUUUAUUACAUGAGGCUAUCAAAGCGAAGCAAUUAAACCGCAGCGGCGUCAUUUGGAUACUCAGCACAAGGAAUUUCUUUCAGCUUAGAGCAACCUUUGCAUCCUAUAAGCAAAAGUAUGGAAACUCUAUUGACCAGGACAUUGUGAAAUGUGGAACUGGUGAUUUAGAAUCGCUCUUCAAAAUGGCGAUUUUGUGCAUUGACACUCCUGAAAAACACUUCGCUAAGGUAAUCAACAAGGCAAUUGUUGGACUUGGAACAGACGAAGAUUCUCUAACCAGAGCCAUUGUAAGUCGAGCUGAGAUAGACACAAUGAAAAUUAGAGAAGCGUAUUCCAACAUGUUCAAAGGCCAGCUUGACGAUGAUGUUAUCGGCGACACAUCUGGAGACUACAAGGACAUGUUGAUGAUCUUGCUUGGAGCUAAUGUUUGAUUCUUGCCAUCUUCUUCUUUGCUUCUUCUUACCUUUCUCUUUUUCAUUGCAAAUUCCAUGUUUGGUUUUGGGUAUUGAUUGUAGGCCUUUUAAUAAAUAAUCUUGUUCAUCUAUGUAUAUAUAUAUGUUUGGAAGAUUGAUUUUUUUAUCCUUCUCUUCAAGAAAUAAUAAAUAAUAAAAAAGGAACAUAUUGUAUCUUGGUACGGUUUUAUUUGUUUAUCUAAUUUUUAUGCUUAGGCCCCUAAUAUGGGUUAAAAUAGUGCCACUGCUAACAUAUAUGCCUAAUAAUAAAUUAUAACAAUAUUUCAAAUCACUAACAAAGAAAUCAAGUCUUUCCUUCCCUAUACUUAAACUAUAUAACAGACUUCAUUUCUGACCAAAUUGCCUAUAAAUGACGGAAAAUUAAAUAUUGUAAGGUCAAUAAAAUAAAUACAAAAAAUGUCUUAAGAACUAAGAAGAAUGUAUUUGAGUUAAAUAAAAUCAUUCUUGUAAUUCAGAAAAGAUUAUGUUCCUCAGAACAAAUUUGUUAUCGAGCAUAUUUGUAUGAGUAUAUGAAUAAUAUUGUUUUAUGUUGCUUUCUAGACCCAAUAGAGAUCUUCACUAGGACAGAUAAGAUCAUGGAUUCAUCCUGAGCUCAAAUCCUUUGUAAUGAACCUUACAGAAUUUGUAUGGGUUAAAUUACAAGUUCAAUCUUUGAACUUUGAGACCUUUUAUCUCUAUUUAUUUAUUGAACUUUUCUAGAGUGUAUAAUAACUUUUUAGGACUUUUAAGAUUUUUGUAAGUUUAGUAGAUAUAAAAUUGAAUUUUACGUCCAAAGAAACUUAAAACUUUCAAUUUUGUGUUAGAAAAGAUUUAAAUAAACACGAAACUCCGAGUUUUUCUUUUAAUUCAACAAUGUAGUAUUAGAAAAAGAGAAGAGGGAACACAGUCUCAAAUAAAAUCCAGUGGUUCCAAGUGAUUUAGAAAAAGGUGGUGGUUGGAAAUAAAAGCAAAUAAUAAAUAAACCCUAAACAAAAAAGGAGGCUGAGACAAGUAAGUAAACUGGCUUCUUAAACCAAACAACUUUUAACACCAAGAAUUUUAGCAGCAUUAACACAGCUUCAAAAGUAGUUGCCUCUCAAUAGUCAAAAUAUAGCCUCACUGAUAAAGAUUUAUAUAAAAUAAGGUUUUGCAAAACAAACUCAUCACAAAGCCUAAAGCCUUCUCAACCAAACUAAAUUUAAUUAAUUUGAAGCAAAGUUGGUUGUGGUUUUCACCUCUCUGCUUUGCAAUGAGAACUGCUGGCAUUUUUCUAGGCAUUUUGCUGUCUUUUCUUUUGCUUGUGAACUUCUGCUAUGCAGCAGAAGAAAGUGUUGCUGAAUUUCAACCUGGCAAAGGAGCAGCUGGUGUAACAGCUAAGAAUGGAGAAGAAGAGCAAGAGGAGAAAUUCAAGUUUCUUCAUCACCACAAACCAUACUACAAGAAACCAUUUCUAAAGCCAAUUCCAUACAAACAUCCAUUUCUCAAGAAGCCUAUCCCAGUUCACCCAUUCCAUAAAAAGCCAAUUCCAGUUCACCCUUUUCUGAAGAAGCCAAUUACAUUCAAGAAGAAGCCCAUUCCAGUUCAUCCAUUCUUCAAGAAGCCAAUUCACCCACCAGUCUUCCACACCCAUCCUUGAAAAAUCCCUUCUUCUUCCACUUUCAUAUGCUAUAUAAGAAUGACAAUGUUGUCUGUGACAUAAUGAAGUGAGAGUUUAAUUUUAUUUACCAAAAAAAAAAAAAAAAAAGAAGCCGUCAGUUCUAUUAUUUCUGUCAUUUGUGUUAAGUAUAUUAUUUGGAUGAAGUUAUUUUCAAAUAAAGCUUUGUAUUGUCUGUGUUGUUUCUGUUUAAA